CUCCCUGUCCUUCUGUCUUUCUCCCUGUUCCUCUCCCUUGCUCACGCUGACCAUUCCUUCGUUCAUCGUCCUCUUCUCACCAUUCUUUUCACUCCUUUUUAAGUCUCUCGCAGACUUCCUCUCGUUUUUUCUAUAUCCAGAGUCAAACUUCAGGCUCCAGUCACUCCUUACACACGAAAAAACAGUUCUACUUUCUUGUCCCAGGGCCCAUUGUUUUUUGAUACCCCCUCAAUUUUAUAAGUGUAUCUUAGCGAGAUACCUCAUUUUAACAACCCUUCGAAACGAACAUCGCAGAUAUGAAGUUCAUCGCCACUGUUGCGGUUGCGUUCGCGGCUCUCGCAGCUGCUUCCACCAAGCCUGACUACUCCCAACUCCCGACUGGCAAUCCCAUUGCUCUGCCAGGCUUGAACGAUAUUGUGCCCGUUGGUCAGCCAUACACCAUCAAAUGGCAACCUACUACUGAUGGGGAGGUUUCACUCAUUCUCCUGCGCGGCCCCAGUACCAACGUUAAGCCAAUCGGCACUAUCGCUGACUCUAUUGCAAACACUGGUUCUUAUCAAUGGACACCCUCUACCGACCUCGAAGGCGACGUCACGCACUAUGGCUUGAUGAUUGUCGUCGAGGGAACGGGCCAGUAUCAAUACUCUACUCAAUUCGGCAUUAAGAACGAUCACGCAUCACCCUCUGUUACAGACGGUACCGUUCCCUAUCCCGUGACCACCACCAGCACCCGUACUUUAGUUCCUAUCUCGACCGGCACUAUUACCAUUUGCCCCCCAACUAAGACUCCAACCCCUACUCCAUCAGGGCCGGUUCCUUCCGGUUACCCAACCGGCAUCCCAAGCCCAUCGCCAAGCCCACCACCAUUCCAAGAGGGUGCUGCAGGCCGUAACGGUGUCGCCAUUGGCGGCAUCGUCUUUGUCGCUGCUCUUGCCAUUUUCGCCUUCUAAUAAGUAUUCGCAUGACGCAGGGCGUUGGAGUAAUGGAGAGGGAAAAGAGAAUAAUAGCAAGCAGAAAAGAGUUUUGGAGGGGCUUAUGAAAUUUUUUCUUAGUUUGGAAAGAGAGCGGAUGGGAAUGUUUUCUAAUAUCUAUCUUCUCAUUAAAGGUCAUGGGAUCAUGAAAUAGCAAGCAAGCUGGGAUACGAAAUAGCGAAAUCGGGAAGGAUUGUCUCUUGUUCAAUUUAUCGUCGUGUUUUAUCUCAUUUACUUUUGAAAAUAUCAUGUACUGUAACUGCAGCAGACGGGGCGUCCCUUUGACAAUAUUUCUUUUUCGAAGCGAGAUCUUGACCCAGCCUUUCCGGAUCGAAACCAUUCCAAACUGAUGAACGAUUUCAAAGUCGUUCCAUUUUUCUUCCCUACUUUGAUGCUUCCUUUUUACUUUCUAAUCCUCUCCCCAUUUCUCAUUCUUCAACAAUUUCUUUAAUUUUCUUUAAUUUUCUUUUAUUUUCAUUUAUUUUCAGCUUUAUUCACUUUUUUUCGCAUAAUUGUC